GAGAUUAAUUAUCUUUGUCCAUCCAAAGUGUUUGGUGACAGUGGUCGAGCACUGGAGAUGGAGGCCCAGGAGGCGAAGAGAGCAGAUGCGGCGGCGCCGGUGGCCGGCGGUGAGGUCGUCAAGCCGGCCGGCGGCGAUGCUGGUGCAGUAGCCAAGACAGAUGGACCUUCAGCACCAGCAGACAAAGCUGCAAUGCCAACUGGUUCGGCUGACAGAGAUGCCAUACUCGCAAAGGUGGAGCUGGAGAGGAAACUGUCGAUGAUCAAGGCAUGGGAGGAGAGCGAGAAGAGCAAAGCGGAGAACAAGGCUCAGAAGAAGAUGUCAUCCAUACUCGCUUGGGAGAACUCAAGGAAGGCGGCUGUGGAAGCGAAACUGCGAACAAGAGAGGAGAAGCUGGAGAAGAAGAAGGCGGAGUACGCGGAGAAGAUGAGGAACCAGGUGGCGGCGGUCCACAAGGCGGCGGAGGAGAAGAGGGCGGCGGUGGAGGCGACGCGGCGAGAGGAGAUGAUCAAGUACGAGGAGAUGGCGGCCAAGCACAGGUCCAAAGGGACUACGCCCACCAAGUUCCUCUCUUGCUUUGGCUCCUGAAAAUCUCUGGCUCUCUCUCUCUCUCUCUCUCUCUGAAUUCUCAUAUCCAUUGCUGCUGUGUUGCUGCUGCUUUGCUUCUGUGUGUUGCUAUUAUGGUGAUCACUUGCAGUUUUGGGCUUGUUUCUUCUUUAUUUUUCUGUGUUAAGGUUCCAGAAUUUCAUGGCCAUGUCAUGCUCCUGCGACACUUUCCUGUUGCCUCAAGAUGUAAUCAUCAUGCUUGUUAGCGCAAGCAGACACGAAAGCCUCUAAAGUCAGUCACCUGUAAGCAAACCACGUUUCCUGAAUGUUGUGCCUCUAGAAAGGAAAAAUGUCAUACGUUUUCCGUUGGCAUGUAACUCCUCCGUU